GAAAGAUACUUAACUAGUUUUAUGUUUUGGUAAGCAGAGCUACAUUAGAGACAGCAAAAGCAUUAGCAACUUUGUCUGGAUUUCGCUCUCAAAAUCUGCCAAUGCCCUCCAUUCCAUCAUUAAUCUUGCUUCGUUCAAUUUCUCACUGAUUCAAACUUCUACUUAUAAUAUCAUAUCAUCGCCGCCCUGCUCUGCAAUUGGCUUCAUCCCAAGCCAAGCUAACUGCUGCAGAAUAACAUUUUGUUUCGUGUCACUGUAUUUCCAGUCCUACUGUAGUCAUUACUUUCUCAACAGAAAAAAGAAGAGCCAACUCUAAAAAACAGUUUUUAUUGAUCUGCAACGGACAACAUUGCAUACUCUCUCUGUUCUUAAUUGUUCCCAUUUACAGAGCAAUUGAAUUUGCAUUCCUACUCCGGUGCUCUAAACUCAGGAUUUUGAGGACCUACUAGCUUCAUCCAUAAACAAAAGAGAUCAAGGCAUGGAUUUUCUCUCUGCAAUUGGUAGGGCCAUUGUUGAACCAAUUGUCAGGUACACGGUUCAACCUGUUGCACGUCAAGUGGGUUAUGUUAUUCACUUCAAAAGAAACCUUCAAAAACUGGAGGCUCGAGUGGAAGAAUUGAGAGCUGCUAGAGAGGGGAAAAACAUUGAGGUUGCUGAAACUCAAAGAAGAGGUGAAGGAAUCCACCCAGAUGUCCAGUUGUGGCUGACAAAAGUGGAGGAGAUCACUGCAAAGACUGACCAAUUCCUGAAAGAUGAAUGCAGCCAAGAAAAUCUGAAAUGCCUGCAUGGGUUUCGCCCUAACCUGACCAUGCUUCAUCGGCUGAGCAGGAAUUCUACAAAGCUGUUGCAGGAGGUUGUUGAACUACAUGAAAGAAGAAGGCAACUUCCCAUAGUCUCAUGCGGUGUCCUCCGCGAAGAGGCGUGCAUCAUAUCUACUGGAGAUUACCAGGCCUUUGAAUCAAGGAGACCAACUUUCAAGGAAAUCAUGGAUGAACUGAAGAAUCCUAAUACCAUCAGGAUAGGGGUGUACGGAAUUGGAGGCGUGGGUAAAACCACACUUGUCAAAGAAGUGUAUAGGCAAGCUAAACAAGAUCAGACCAAGUUAUUUGAUGAUGUGGUUUUAGUCCUCGAUGUGAAAAAGAAUUUAAACCCGGAAGAUCUUCAGAAGAAAAUUGUUGAAAAAUUGGACAUGAAGAUUAGUCAAAGUGAUGAUGAGACUAUAGACGGAAGGGCGAAGCGUCUAUGUGGCAGGAUAAAGGACAAAAAUGUUCUUGUAAUUCUGGACGAUGUUUGGGAACCAAUUGACUUGGAGUCUGUUGGACUUCCUAGUGUAGCUACUUGUAAGAUACUGCUGACAUCUAGAAGUAGAAAAGCAUUAUCUGAUAUGGGUACGCAUAAAGAUUUCCAGCUUCACAUUUUAGGAGAAGAAGAGACUUGGGUUUUAUUUGAGAACAAGGCAGGCGAUGUUGUUAAGGAUCCCGCUAUACAAACAGUAGCAAAACAAGUAGCCCAAAACUGCGGAGGUCUGCCUGUUUUGGUUGUCACAGUGGCAAGCACUUUAAAGAAUAGAACCACUCUACCUCCAUGGAAGGACGCUUUAACAUGCCUGCAAGAAGGGUCUAACAGAGAUGACGAAUUGACAGAAAAGGCAUACUUGGGUCUAGAGUGGAGUUACAAUCAGUUGACUGAUAAGCAACUUAAGCCAUUGUUCUUGUUAUGUGGAUAUGCUGUGCAGUGGAAUGAUAUUGUUUUGGACGACUUGUUGUACUAUAGCGUGGGUUUGGGUUUUUUUGAAAAGCCCUACACAGUGGAGAGAGCACGAAAUGCAUUGUAUUCGUGGGUUGAAAAACUCAAGGACUUUUGUCUGUUGGUAGAGAGCGAUGAUGAUAGAUAUGUCACAAUGCAUGACCUUGUACGCAAUGCUGCUAACCGGAUUGCAUCCAGAGAUCCACAGAUCUUAGCAUUAGUGAAAGAUGAAGAUGAGGGUGGUUUGAAAGAAUGGCCAGAUAGAAGUUUCUUAGAGAAGUGCACAACCAUCUCUUUGCCUUGUAACGGCAAUUUUCCAAGCCUUCCGCAAGUUAUGCAAUGCCCAGCUCUAAGAAUGUUUCUGUUGGAGGGUAAUUCUAAACCGCUGGCAAUAGCCCCUACAUUAUUUAAAGAGAUGAAACAACUCAAUGUUUUGAGUUGGAUAAACAUGGGCAUAGGGUCUCUUCCUCAAUCUCUUGGGCUCCUAGAGAAUCUUCGGACACUUUGUUUACUAUAUUGCACAUUGGACGAGAUAUCUAUUGUUGGGCAGCUAAGAAACUUAGAAAUUCUAAGCUUUGAAGGUUCUGAUUUUGUACAUCUGCCCCAAGAAAUAGGGCAACUGGCUCAUCUACGGUUGUUGGAUCUAUCCGGCUGCUGUAGACUUGAAGUGAUAUCACCUGGUGUUAUAUCAAGCUUGACAAGCCUGGAAUGCUUGACAAUGAAAAAAAGCUUUGACAAUUGGGUGAUUGAAGGUGAAAGAAACAAUGCUAGCCUUUCAGAGCUGGAGCAUUUGUCUCAUUUAACUGCAUUAGUAAUACAUGUUCCCGAUGCAAAUCUUCUUCCAGCUAACUUUUUCUUCCUUAAGCUAGAAAGAUUCCAAAUCAUGAUUGGUAAAACAUGGGCGUGGGACGAGGACGAGGACGAGGAGGAUGAGGAUGAGGGUGAGGGUGAGGGUGAGGGUGAGGAUGAUGAGGAUGAUGAGGAGGAGGAGGAGGAGGAGGAGGAGGAGGAGGAUAAGUACCCAUUCCUCAACAGACUAAAACUCCAGCUCACUACAAGCAUUGAGUUGAACCAAGGUCUAAGAAAGUUGCUGAGGUUAUGUGAUGAUUUGUCCUUGUAUGGGACGGACAGUGUUAAUCAUAUUGUCCACCAAUUUGAUAAUGAAGAUUUUCAGCAACUGAAACAUCUCUGUCUCCGAAACAAUGUCGACUUUAUUAUUACCAAGAAGGUUAUGUUGCGGAACUUAAAGACUUUGGUGGUACAUGAAUGUGAUAAUAUAAGAUUCUUGUUCACCUUUUCUGUGGCUAAGAGUCUUGUACAACUCAAAUGUUUAGAGAUUUCUUCAUGUAAACUGUUGAAAGAGAUUGUAUCAUCGACAACAGAAUGCGGUCGUGAAGAAAGUAUGGGUAACAUGUUUCCCAAUCUGGAAGUUUUGAAUCUAAAGGGACUCGAAAAGCUGGCUAGAUUUUGCACGGGAAGUUAUGUUGAAUUUCCGUCCUUGAAAGAAUUGGAAGUAGAUGAUUGUCCUGAACUACGGGCUUUCAUUUGUGAGAAUGUUGAGACGAGUACGAGCAGUACUCAAGGUAUUAUAAUCGACGAAGAAACUGAUGAGAGAGACUCGAAACAGGAAAAGGACCUUGAUGUUAACAGGGAGACACUUGCACAAUCCAUCCUCUUUGACGAAAAGGUAGGAUUUCCUCGCUUGGAGAGUUUGGUAAUCAAUGGGGUCCUGGAGUUGAAGACAAUAUGGCACUGCCAACAGGCUCAAGACUCUUUCGACACUCAAGAACGUUAAAGUUUCCAACUGCUACGCAUUAAUCAAUGUCAUUACGCCUGCUGUCAUGGGAAGACUGAAGAGUCUAGAGUCAUCAGCGAUAGCAUUCCGGAAUCUAACAAGUUUGGCAGUAAUGAAUUGUGAGAGGUUGAAUUACCUAAUAACAUUUCCGGUGGCUAAAAGCUUAACGCAACUCACAAAACUGAAAGUGGAGAAAUGUAAAAGAAUCGUAGUUAUAGUGGAAAGCAACGUCGGAGAUGAUGAUGAAGCAGAAAAUGAGAUUACUUUCAGUUUGUUGCAAGAUUUGGAUUUUUCUGAUCUACCAAGUCUACAAGGCUUCUGCUCCUCCAGAAAUUGUGCAGUUAAAUUCCCAUCCUUGGUGACUUUGAGGACUAACCAAGUGCCGGAAUUGAAGCAAAUCUCCGAUGCAUGGCAUGGGGUCCUCCUGGCCAGAUGACCCAACCUCACCAUGAACUGUUGCAGUUGCUGAGCUGCACCUGCAUAGAUAUGCAUGCACGCAAUACCGGCAUGUUUGAUCGGCUGCAAGAUUGUGCCACUGCAUGCAUGUGUUAUGUUCACCAACGGUUGUGAAUUUGCAAUUUCUACAGGCAGUGAUGCAUUCUUUUUAUCUUUAAUCUAUGUAUGUGUAAUUUGGUUUGCUUAGAGACUUGUAAUUAAUAAGAAUGUGAUUUUCUUUUUGAUUUACUGACAAA